AGAAAUAGGUCCAAAAACUUGAACCUUUCAAUCACGUUACAAGUCAAUUAUCUUUGAAAACAGCGGAAGGCUCGCUAUCUUACUGAAGUAUGAACAGCAACAAUGGCUCCUCUUACCGUCCCUUGAAGCAACUCUUACGAAAUUAAGAUGUGGCUAAAUCAUCCACAACUACGGAGUUUUGUUCGUUUUGCUUCAGGCGUACUUGGAUUGCUCUGUUACGCUUUGAGUUCCUCCUUCAACUCUCUGUUCGGGAAAUGGAACCUGCUGAAAACAUUUCUUUACUGUGUCUUCAGUUUCAUCAUCUGCACUGCAGAUUUGUUUGUUAAGGUAUCACAUGGGGCAGGCAGUCUCCGACUAAGUGAGACAAUAAGAGACGUUUUCAAAAACUUGGAGAAUCUGAUUUACUGUGAUUCAGCCAUUGGAAAUGUUACAGGAGGCAUUGAAACAAUCACUGCGAGGUAAUGAAUUGUCUUGGUGCCAUGGUGAGAGUCAUGCCCAUGAUUGAGAAAGCUUUCAAAGAAUAUCUUACAACAACUUGUCCUUCAUUUCCUGCCAAGAUAGCUUGGAUAAUAGAGCUGUUGGAGAAACACUUGGAAGCCAAGUACAAAAUUUACACCGGAACUUGUUUGGAUUAUGUAGCCAUGAUUAAUAACACUAUGUAUAUAAGACUAAAGACACUCAGACAUUUUCCCUCUGCUCGAUUUAUGGAAGGUGAAUUAUAAGGUACGGA